CAUGUGGUGGCAGUAGUGCACCAGUUGAUAUUUUUCACAACUUCAGUUUUGAUUAAAGAGGAAGCUACCAAAACAUUCCACCUUUUUCAAUUUAGGUAUAGUAUUUGUACUAUUGGCCAUUGAUGUCAUAUCGCCGUAUUUCUGAACUAGCACAACUGGGUUCUGAAGGUAUUUCGAAUCGGAGUGUAUUUGAAGUCGGAUUAGAGUUAAUCUUCAUACACAAACAAUAGAUUUGGUGUCGUUCAGACCACGACAAUAACGUUAACCAGCUGGGCUGUGGUUUGCUGUGCCUGCUGGCUAGCUAACCAGCCAUCAUUUCAUCGGUUUUUGUUCAUUUUUUGCAUGGGAGAUGGGGUCCUUGGGCAGCAGAUUUCAGAGUGCAUCGUCGCGACCGACUGAAGAGGUAUCGGAGGAAGUCUGUGAAAGAAAAGGACAUAGUUGUGAAUGCAGAAAGAGAAAGCGGACUUCGCACUGUGAGUGUGACAGCGAGCCAGAGGAAGAUGACAGUCUUCUUGACACACCUCGCAGGAAAAAGUUAAAAAGCACCUCAAAAUACAUCUACCAGACACUCUUCCUGAAUGGGGAGAACAGUGACAUUCGUAUCUGUGCUUUGGGCCAGGAGUGGAAUCUGCAUAAAAUAUAUUUGUGUCAGUCUGGAUAUUUCUCCAGUAUGUUUAGUGGAUCAUGGAAGGAGUCAAACAUGAUGGUCAUCGAACUGGAAAUUCCAGAUCAGAAUAUUGACACUGAAGCCCUGCAGGUCGUGUUUGGUUCGCUCUACAGGGAUGACGUCCUGAUCAAGCCUAGCAGGGUGGUCAGCAUUCUGGCCGCUGCUUGCAUGCUACAACUGGACGGCCUGAUCCAGCAGUGUGGUGAGACGAUGAAGGAGAACGUCAGUGCCAAGACGGUGUGUGGCUACUAUGCUGCCGCCAGUAUCUACGGCCUAGACUCUGUAAUGAAGAAAUGCCUGGAGUGGCUCCUCAAUAACUUCAUGACCAAUCAAAAUGUAGACCUUAUGAAAGAACUGGGAGUGGAUGUGAUGGAGCAACUCAUCCAGUCCUCCGACCUGUUCGUCAUGCAGGUGGAAAUGGAUAUCUACACGGCACUCAAAAAGUGGAUGUUCCUGCAACUCAACCCGUCCUGGGAAGGGCCCCUCAAGCAGUUGCUUCCCGAUGCAGAGAACUGGCUCUGCAAGCGUAGGACUGACAUCGGAGAGGAGGAGCCUUUCCUGACCUCAGAGGAGGGCUUGCCCUACGCCCCUGUCUUCCGUCACAUUCGUUUGCAGUACAUCAUUAACGACCUGUCCUCAGCACGCAUCCUGGAGCGAGACAACAUCCUCCCACCAGACUGGCUCACCUCCAUGUACAAGCAGCAGUGGUUCACCAUGUUGAGGACGGAACAUGACAACGACCACGGACCUCAAGAAGCUAACAAAGAGGAGUUUGAGCUGAACAGUAUGCGAUGUGGGAGGAAGCUGAGCAAAGAUGGAGAUUACUGCUGGCGAUGGACGGGCUUCAACUUUGGCUUUGACCUGCUGGUGACCUACACCAACCGUUUCAUCAUGUUUAAGCGCAAUACCCUGAGCCAGCCAUGCGGGGGCGCUGUGAGCCUACAGCCACGAAGACACCUGGCGUACAGGUUACGGCUGGCCUCUUUUGACAACAGCGGUAAACUGGUCUGCAGUCGCAGCACCGGUUACCAGCUCCUCACCCUGGAAAAGGACCAGGAGUAUGUGGUGAUGAACCUGGACAGCCGUCUCCUGUUCUUCCCCCUCUACGUGUGCUGUAACUUCCUCUACACAUCGCCCCAGUCUGAGCGCCGCCUGGAGGCCCCGGAGCCAGAGAGCAGUGCCAGGAGUGUCUCAUGACCCCGCCCCCCCCUACACACACACACACACACACACACACAAUCAUUCACAUGCCUUAUCAGUCUAAAGUUUUUGUUCCAUCAGCCUUUUUUAUCAUUUACAAAUCCAAAUGCCAAUAACAAAUCAACACACUUGAGUGUGCUCUGGGCAGCUACAUAGAUUUGAAUCACCUUUGUCUCAUUCAAGAACAUUCUCAGCGAAUCCAACUUUCUUUUUACAUGCCUUUUUUAUGUUAUUUCUUUAGAACACCUUAUGUUUCAUUCCUAUUUAUAAUGGUAUCGUUUUGAUCCAGUCCACAAGCUGAGUGUUCUGAUCUGUGGUGCUCUGAGAUGUGGGUGUUUAUUAGAGGUGUGUGCUGCCUCUGAUGCGAGGCGGCCAGUCCUCUCAGGUGCUCCUCUUGACAGGUAAGCUGAAGGAAAAACAGUUGUCUCUACUCGCAUGAAAUGCGGGACUCGGACAACCUUCUGGAGCCAGGAUUGGGGACGUUUUACCGUCCAUCUUUUCAAGUACAAGGGAGCAUUUUAUAUACUCUACUGCCCUGAUGUUAGGGGGGCAUUUUUGGGCUGCCCUCAGAUAUGAGGGGGGGGGGGGGCCUCCUAAGAUGCAAAUGGGGCAUCUAUUGUCCUAUUUUGAUGUACCGGGGGUAUUUUAAGCCCCUUCCGAGAUAUACCGGGGGUAUUUUAAGCCCCUUCCCAGAUGUAACGGGGGCAUUCCACUGCCCUCCUCUCAUGUCACGGGUAUAUUUAGCCCUUCCUUGAUGUAACUGGGUAUUUUGUGGUCGACGUAUGAUGUCUUACAUUUGUGAACAUUUCCACAUCAUGCUGACUGCUGCCCGUUGUUCAGAGUUGAGUCGUGAAGUUGGGACCAAACCAACACUGGGCAGAAGACAUGGCCAAAUGUCCAUUAAAUACACAACUAACCAGCUGCA